UUCCCAGAGUUCCUUGCGGCGGAGGCCGUAAAGCGCGGCGGUCGAACGGCCGGUUCCGGCUGAAUGUCAGUGCGGGGCUGUGGGCCGGGGAGCAAGGUGCUUGGCGGUCUCUCCACCGCCCCCGCCGCCGCCGGCUGGGCUUGAGAUGUCGCCGCGGAGGCCGGGCCGCUGGGCGGAUCGGACAUGAGACCGUGAGGCGGGCGACGGGGCUGGUCUGCGGACAUGUUUGGACGCUCACGGAGCUGGGUGGGCGGGGGCCACGGCAAGUCCUCCCGCAACAUCCACUCCUUGGACCACCUGAAGUACCUGUACCAUGUUUUAACAAAAAACACCACUGUCACAGAACAGAAUCGGAAUCUGCUUGUGGAGACGAUCCGUUCCAUCACUGAGAUCCUGAUUUGGGGCGAUCAAAAUGACAGCUCUGUGUUUGACUUUUUCCUGGAGAAGAACAUGUUUGUUUUCUUCUUGAACAUUCUGCGGCAGAAAUCAGGCCGUUAUGUGUGUGUCCAGCUGCUACAGACCCUGAACAUUCUCUUUGAGAACAUCAGCCACGAGACAUCACUCUAUUAUUUGCUGUCUAAUAACUAUGUAAAUUCGAUCAUUGUCCAUAAAUUUGACUUUUCCGAUGAGGAGAUCAUGGCGUAUUACAUAUCGUUCCUGAAAACACUUUCAUUAAAGCUCAACAACCACACUGUCCAUUUCUUUUACAAUGAGCACACCAAUGACUUUGCCCUGUACACAGAAGCCAUCAAGUUCUUCAAUCAUCCCGAAAGCAUGGUUCGAAUUGCUGUGAGAACCAUCACCUUGAACGUCUACAAAGUGUCAUUGGAUAACCAGGCCAUGCUGCACUACAUCCGAGACAAAACUGCUGUCCCGUACUUCUCCAAUUUGGUCUGGUUCAUUGGGAGCCACGUGAUUGAACUUGACAACUGUGUGCAGACGGAUGAGGAGCACCGGAAUCGGGGGAAACUAAGUGACCUGGUGGCUGAGCACCUGGACCAUCUGCACUAUCUCAACGACAUCCUGAUCAUCAACUGCGAGUUCCUUAAUGAUGUACUCACGGACCACCUGCUCAACAGGCUUUUUCUGCCGCUCUAUGUGUACUCCCUGGAGAACCCCGACAAGGGAGGAGAACGGCCAAAAAUCAGCCUGCCUGUGUCCCUCUAUCUUCUCUCCCAGGUCUUCCUCAUUAUACACCAUGCCCCGCUGGUGAACUCUCUGGCUGAAGUCAUUCUGAAUGGUGAUCUAUCUGAGACACACACGAAGCCUGCACAGGAUGUUCCCAGAAGUUCUGCCAAACCCAGCAUCCGGUGCUUCAUUAAGCCCACUGAGACACUCGAGCGGUCCCUUGAGAUGAACAAGCACAAGGGCAAGAAGCGGAUGCAAAAGAGACCCAACUACAAAAACGUUGGGGAGGAGGAAGAUGAGGAGAGAGGGUCUGCUGAAGAUGCCCAGGAAGACGCUGAGAAGACUAAAGGUACAGAGGGUGGUUCAAAAAGCAUGAAGACAAGUGGGGAGCGUGAAGAGAUUGAGAUGGUGAUCAUGAAGCUCGGCAAGCUCUCAGAGGUAGCCGUUGCUGGAACCUCGGUGCAGGAACAGAACACCACAGACGAGGAGAAGAGUGCUGCCACGAGCUCAGAGACUGCACAGUGGAGCAGACCCUUCCUGGAUAUGGUGUACCAUGCCCUGGACAGCCCUGAUGAUGACUAUCACGCCCUCUUUGUGCUCUGCCUCCUGUACGCCAUGUCUCAUAACAAAGGCAUGGAUCCUGAAAAACUAAAACGAAUCCAGCUCCCAGUGCCAAGUGAGGCUGAGAAAACCACCUACAACCAUCUGCUGGCCGAGAGACUCAUCAGGAUCAUGAACAAUGCUGCCCAACCAGAUGGCAGGAUCCGGUUGGCUACACUGGAGCUGAGCUGCCUGCUCCUGAAGCAGCAAGUACUGACCAGCUCUAGCUGUGUCAUCAAGGAUGUGCACCUGGCCUGUCUGGAGGGUGCAAGAGAAGAGAGUGUCCACCUUGUACGUCAUUUCUAUAAGGGAGAAGAGAUUUUUUUGGACAUGUUUGAAGAUGAGUACAGGAGCAUGACAAUAAAGCCCAUGAAUGUGGAAUAUCUCAUGAUGGAUGCUUCCAUCCUCCUGCCCCCAACUGGCACUCCACUGACCGGCAUUGACUUUGUGAAGCGGCUGCCAUGUGGUGAUGUGGAGAAGACGAGGCGGGCCAUCAGGGUAUUCUUCAUGCUGCGUUCCCUGUCACUGCAGCUGCGAGGGGAGCCUGAGACCCAGUUGCCACUGACUCGGGAGGAGGACCUGAUCAAAACAGAUGAUGUCUUGGAUCUGAAUAACAGCGAUUUGAUCGCAUGCACAGUCAUCACCAAGGAUGGCGGUAUGGUCCAGCGGUUCCUGGCUGUGGACAUUUACCAGAUGAGCCUGGUAGAGCCUGAUGUGUCCAGACUCGGCUGGGGAGUGGUCAAGUUUGCUGGCCUUCUGCAGGACAUGCAGGUAACAGGAGUGGAGGAUGACAGCCGUGCCCUGAACAUCACCAUCCACAAGCCUGCCUCCAGCCCACACUCUAAGCCCUUCCCCAUCCUGCAGGCCACCUUCGUGUUCUCUGAUCAUAUCCGCUGCAUUAUUGCCAAGCAGCGCCUGGCCAAGGGCCGCAUCCAGGCCAGGCGCACGAAGAUGCAGAGGAUAGCUGCCCUUCUGGAUCUCCCGAUCCAGCCGACAACAGAAGUCCUAGGGUUUGGACUCUGUUCCUCCUCCUCCCAGCACCUGCCUUUCCGUUUCUAUGAGCAGUGCCGCAGAGGCAGCAGUGACCCCACAGUGCAACGAUCUGUGUUUGCAUCGGUAGACAAGGUACCAGGCUUUGCUGUGGCCCAGUGCAUAAACCAGCACAGCUCUCCAUCCCUGUCAUCACCGUCGCCACCGUUUGCCAGUGGGAGCCCCGGUGGCAGUGGGAGUACCAGCCACUGCGACUCAGGAGGCUCUUCCUCUGCCCCCUCGGCUGCCCAGAGCCCGGCAGUCAGGAGUGGCAGGAAAGGACGCCGGCGUGUGUUCAGCCUGUCGGAGGCCGACAGUCACGGCGGCCACUGGGUUUAGUGCUUCGACCAACAGCUGCCACGGCAACUCACGCACAAUCAAAUCAGAUGCCCCCACAACUCCAGAACAGCCUCACCUAGACCAAUCAGCGAUUGGGAAUGAAGUGGAUGUCAACUCCAAGCCUAGCAAGAACUCGUCGGCCAGGAGCUCUGAGGGAGAGACCAUGCACCUGUCCCCCAGCCUCCUCCCCGCCCAGCAGCCCACCAUCUCCUUGCUCUAUGAGGACACUGCUGACACACUGAGCGUUGAGUCACUGACGAUUGUGCCCCCGGUCGAUCCCCACAGCCUCCGAGCCCUCUCUGGCAUCUCCCAGCUCCCCGCACUACCUGCAGAAGAUUCGGAGACCCCAGUUGAGGGUGCUGUAAACCCAGAGCUUACGGAACCUACAGAGUACUGAGUGGGCACCAGAGACCUCCCUUUGUGUGUGCGGCCCGCUGGUAGGGACCCCCAUGCAGUCUGUGACAGCGAGACACACUGGGAGCACCCACAAUUCUCUGGGGCCCUGGAAACUGUCCCUCAUACCUCUCCCUACAAGACAACAACCAAGCACUUAUUUGCUCUGACCUCUCGCUUCACAGACUAGGAUCCUAGAGAUGGCCUCCCGUGUAGAGACAAUGGCAUUGGCCCCCCUCAGAGGGGUCUGGGGCCUGUCUCUGAUCCUGACAGCCACAGGGGGCAGGAGCCACUGUCCCCCACCUUCAGGCAGCUCCUCUGUCUUCUCUCCCAGUGUGCACAGGAGUGGACAAAGUUACUUUGGGGAAAUCUGUGGAGAAGCAAACCUAGAUAAACAUCUCCUUGGGCUAUUUAUUUCUGCUUUGGCAACAGAUGAAGAGAUUUAUUUUAAAAGAAUCUAUUUUGGGGGAGGGGCAAAAAGAAAAAGUCCUCAACUCUAAGGCUUGGAGUCACAUUAGACAUGCCACUGUUAGGAUUCCUUGUCCUCAGAACUUCUCCGUGUGUGUAUUCUGAAGUUGUGGGGUCACUUCCUCUGUUUUCCCGAGUAGUCCCCAACUCUACAAGCCUGUGGGGUAAUGAAGUCUCUCCUGAAACACUGAGGUACUUCUGAACAAAGUGAAGGAGACCUGAGUACACUCAGCUCACAUGGGGUGAGAAGGCCAAGCCUCUGUUCUCACAUGCCUGGGUGACGUCUGUUCCCUGCUCAGGACGCCACACAGGCGCAGCUUCCAGCAGGUGUGCUUCCUUCUCUUCGUCCAAGAGAGAGCCAUUGGUCCAUGAUAGGAAUCAAAGGGUUUAAGGCACAGAAAGUCAUCCUCAGAUAUAAUCAGCUUCCCAAGAUGCAAGUGGAUGUCCAGCUAGGGGCCCAGCUACAAGACAGGUGACCUAAAGCAGAAUCCUCCCUCCCCUCCUCCCCACACCCUGUCCUUUGCUGCCCACACAGCUUUUUUCAGUAUGAAAACCCCAUAGUUCUGUCCCAUCAAGCCCCAGCCUUCCUCAGUACUCGCCAGCCAGGCCACUUACUCAGGGCUCCAUGGCAAGGCCCACUACAGCUUUCCUACAGAUUUGGCCUCAGUAUCCACCAAAGGCGAGCCACAAGUGUACCCCUUGGGCACAUGUCACCAUCUGCUCAUCAUUAGACCUUGACACUCUGAUAAGCUGACUUCCCUGCAGGCCCCAGUGCUCAGUUUUCCAAGGGAAAGCAGUGCUCCCUGGGAAGGUAGUGGUGCCCAUGUGGACUGGCUUCUCUGGUCUUUAAAAGCAUUCCAGUGGGCAUGCUGUCAAAGACACAAGAUGGUUUCUGAAACAGAAGGCUGAGUCAGGAAGUCAGCUAACCUUGCCUAGAGGCAGCCACCCCAAAGGCCCUUGGCAAAGAAGGAUGUUCUGGGAUACUUAGCCCCUGGGAAGAGAGGAGCGAUGGCCACUGGGAACAGGAGCUCUCUCUCUCUGCAGCCCUGGAAACUGUCCCUCAUACCUCUCCCUACAAGACAACAACCAAGCACUCAUUUACUCUGACCUCUCGCUUCAUAGGCUAGGGUCCUAGAGAUGGCCUCCCAUGUAGAGACAAUGGCAUUGGCCCCCUUGGGUGUUUCUUGCUCAUUUGCAGGGAGGAGUAGACGAAGCAGCAGAGCUCUGUCUUCAGCACAACUGUAUACUUCAGGUUUUGAAAUGACAGUUGCUAGGGCAGCAUAAAUGUUAUUCAAUUCAAGUGACUCUCCACCCUGCAGGGUGGUCUCCAGAGAAAAGCCUACGGCCACCCUAGCCCACCUAUACAGGUAGGCCCCAUCCUUCUGUGACUAGCCUCUUCUAUGCAAUCUGGAGGUUCCAAGAAAGGGAAAAGAUUGUGCCUUGGUGGUCAGCAAACCCUGAAAGGGUAGCUGCUGUGUAAAACUCACCAAGAACAAGCCUGUCCCCACAGCUAGCUUGGAAGGUUGCUCCCAGAGGGCUCCUGCCCUAGGGCAUGCCUCCAGGUGAGCAAAUGUGGACUUCCUAUGAGCAGAGCCAUGGCCCAUUGCUGAUGAGGAUGGGGUCCUAGAGGAAGCAAAAGGACUCUGAAGAAGGAUACUUUCUCACCUAGGUCUUGGUGGCAUUGGGUACAACUCAGUCUUUGGGAGCACUCUGCUAACUUGGCAACUGUGCUCUCCAGACAGACCUAGCUAGAGAGAACCUACUGGGUCUCUGUAGGACUGAGGGAUCUCAGGUCCAGUAGGUCCCACAGCUCCUGACCUGGAGGUCCCAGAAUCAGCCUUCAAAAUCAUUAGUCCCAUCUCCCAAGCCAUGCAUGCUGUGUCUGCCCUGGGCCCCUCCCUUCUGCAACUGCCCCAGGGCAGACUAGCAAAGCUGGCCCCUAGCUCCUCACCUCAACUUUGACUGUCACCAUGGCGACAUGCAGCACUGCCUCCCCCCCCCCCCCCCCCCGUGGAGUCUUAGGCAGGUGGGACACUUCCCACAGGUCAGACUCAGUGUGGUGGUGAGCGGAAGUAGCAGAGAGAGGCUUCCAGAGCAGACCACUCCACUACCCUACCCACAAACACUUGCACUGGCAGGAGUUGGCUGACUGCAUCCUAAGGAUGGCAUUGGCUUUCUCUGUGGCCUCUGACAUGCAGUUGUAAAUAAGGCAUGGGUAAACCAAGUCUGAUCUUUUGUAGAUGCAAUAAAUAUAUUUCACACAGUCACAGUGGGCAGAAGGUUAAACGCUUCCUCCCUCCCUCAGAGCUGAAGCUGUGAGGAAAGGGGCGCGGGGGGUGGGGGGGGCAGAGCUGGGAUGGUUUGGCCAGGGAAGUGCCUGUUUCUGCCAGCAGGACUCAUACUUUGUGGGGACUGAACCUGAGGGGAGGAAUGAAAGUUAGAACUUUCUUGUAAUUUGAAACUUGGCAAUAAAAAGCAAACCCAAUGGC